UCAUUAUCAAUGUAUUCCGACAUGAAUACCCGGCGAGGACUUUUGAAGCUAAAUGUCAAUGCGACAAGUCUGAGUUUUAUCCAGAGGUUUGCUAACAUUAGCGGGCUAACACGUAUAUCUAGCUAACGUUAGCGGUGAACCAAAAGAGGGGCUCAUGUGAUGUUUUGGUUAUUUCACACAAACCGAUUCACAGUGUGGAAGGAGGGGAGUGAUGGCAGCUACAGACUGCUACAUUGUGCAUGAGAUCUACAACGGUGAAAAUGCACAGGACCAGUUUGAGUAUGAGUUGGAACAAGCACUGGAGGCCCAGUAUAAAUACAUUGUUAUAGAGCCCACGCGCAUCGGAGACGAGACGGCUCGUUGGAUUACAGUCGGCAACUGCCUGCACAAGACGGCCGUGUUGUCAGGCUCCGCUUGCCUCUUGACGCCUCUUUCGCUGCCUGCUGAAUACUCGCGCUACAUGGCAUUGCCUGCUGGCGCACUCAGUGUGGCCUGUGCUGCCCUCUACGGGAUUUCCUGGCAGUUUGACCCCUGCUGCAAGUACCAGGUUGAGUACGACAGCCAAAAACUCUCACGGCUGCCCCUGCAUACACUCACCUCCUCGACGCCCGUGGUGUUGGUACGUAGGGAUGAUAUCCACAGAAAGAGACUCCAUAAUACGAUAGCACUGGCUGCCCUGGCGUACUGCGCCAAGAAGAUCUAUGAACUCUACGCUGUAUGAGUGCACUCUAAAGAAGAUUUGAAAAUCAACUGAAAAAGGAAAAAAAGCAUACAUAAAAAAACCAGUCCACCCUCCAGAUUUAAGAAAGGUGGAAGUCACAAUCAGGCCCGGCUCUGCACAAGUGGUGGUGCUUCCAUUUUGAACUUCGAUCAGUGGGUCAUAGCUAAAACUAAGAGGAAUUGUUCUUUCCCCUUGCAUUUCUUUUACUUCUAUGUGAUAACAGUAUCUGCAUCUCUGUAACAGCAGUUUGAUUGGACUGUGCCAUGUCCCAGACAGACCUGUUUUGGAGUAGCAGGAUUUUCGUCCCCUUCCUUCAUAGUUUUACUGUACCCAUUUUUUGCUGAUCACUGCAUCACCCAUUCAUUAAACAUUAGGAUAUUUCAAAACCAAUUUUCUGUAUUUUAUUUUCACUAUAUUAUUAAAAUACUAAAAUCUACAAGCUGCCAGAAUGACUAAUUGCUACAGCCUACCUGAGAUUGUCUUGUUUAAUCAAAAACUCUGUCCUAAUGGCGUGCAGGGAAAACCUCAAGAGAAAAUGACCCGCAAACCUCUGGGGAAAAAAAAAGAAUCACAUUUCGUUGCACAUAUCUUGUAGAUUACAUAUAUUAUCAUUCAUGUCAAACCAACCCGUCACAUCAUAUUGUGAGAAGAAAACUGUAAAAAGUACUUUUUGAAACAAAGGAACUGCACAGCAGAGCCCUUUUUAUCAUGUUUAUCCAGUGAUAGUUGCUGUCUGGAUCAGCAUUUCUUUUGUCAGUGAAAUACUAAUAAUAAACAGAAACGUUUGUGGAAAAAGUC